AGGCAUACCCUAACGGCCUUAAGAUUAAUUUGGGCUUUGCCACUUCAUGGCUAUGACAAUUGUUUUCCGCAAAAAAGUAGUUUGUGUAUUAACACUUGGCAGUGUGGAUUUUGAUCAAGACAGCCAACAUAUCUUUAAGAAGAUUCGGAGAAGGAACUGUCAGGAUCGAAGUCAGGGUAUCCAAAUUUGCUCUUUGUGGCUUAUGGUGGCUGCACGUUUGUUUGCAAUGUCAAGGAAAACAUUAUGAAGUUUCAUUCUCGAGGAAUUGGUGUUUAUUGUUUACGAUUCAAUGAUUAAUAACGACGAUUAUGUUUCAUAUGGCACUAUGAUUCAAAGCAAUGUCAACCCAAAGAGCUGGAAUAGUAAAAACUCCUAUCAAGAACUGUUGGCAUGUUUCGACGAUUCUACAUUCAAAGUAAUGAUCUUUCCUUAAUGUUUGAAGGCAUUCCUAGACGACCGAUAAGUAUGUCUCGAAGGUAAUUUCAAGGAGCUUUGCAUAUUGAAGUGGUGGCGACCUAAUAACAGGUCGUCACAAUGGCACCCUCCGAUGACGUCAUAAGGUCAAGAGACACUUAUCUCCAGAUGACGUCACCAGAGAUCUACAGUAGACGGUUUUCAGAAUUUGUACGCCAUUUUCAUGGUGAUGACUUUACCGACGCGUCUCAAUUGAGAAGAAGAUUUAGAUACACGACAAGCUUCAAAGGCGAGCUGUCUAAGUUAAAUAAACGCAGGGAGACCCGCCCGGGGGCGGAGCCGACCAAACGAUACCGGAAGAGAAUGGUACGUACCGGAAGUGAACCGUCGAUCUUUCCACCAAUCAGCAUCACGCGUAGUGAUAUUGGGUAUACUUCUCCCCCUGUGUUGACGAUUCGGAGUGACAUGUCCACUCCCCAAGCAACAAAAGACGACGCACCAUCGCCAAUACCAAAACGGGAAACUCAGAAAUCUCGAAAUACCAACUCCUUGUCCGUAGACGUCAGUAAGUCUCAAGAGAUGGUCAGGUUGUCUCCAAUUGCUUUCUCUGAUCGGAAAAGCAAAACUGACGGCAAACAGGAAAAACAUGUGAGUCUCACUCCUCGGGGAAGUAUACCUAAAAUUAACGCCAAAACAAAUCUCAUAGAAUCUCAAAGGCACGAGAGGUCUAACAGUCUCACCGAUUCACAAAAUAGAAACGAGAAGUCAACCACCGACUCGCCGCAUCGACACCGCGGAAGGGGAAAGCAUUCCAAAUCUAAAGUUACAGAAGAACCAUUUUCUGUCCGGCGGAAGAUAGAGCAGUACCGGAGAUGGCACGAAGAACAGUACCUGCAGAAAUUAAAACGUUUAAAGCAAGACACGGACAGUGAAAACGAUACUCCAAAAACAGACGUUAAUGGGAAUAAAGAAAUUGGAAAGAAGCCUGAAAUUGAUUUGGCUAAAAUCCUUGAGGAAAAGUCUCUCGCUGUAACUGUUAAACCAGUCCGGAAUAAACAAUCCGGAGAUGAAAAUAACAAUAACAGUGACGCCAUAGAAACCACAGUAAUACCAGACAUUACUCCGCACAAACGUUCACGUAGACAAAAGUCGGGCUGCACGUGGAAAACGUGGCGUGACGUUAACGAAUCCGACGCCUACUCAGACGUUAAAAAGUAUAUUGAAGACAACGAACUGAUGAAUUCAGAGAAAGAAAGUUGGAUAAAGGCGUGGAUUUGUGAAGUCGAGAGGGCUCUGUGCACGACAGACUCUCACAGUGAAACUGAUUCUGUUUGAUGAGGGCAUUGCGGGCCACGUUGUGUCCGAGACUUGACGUUAUUGACAUGGUUCCCAGACACUACAAAUUACACUUCAGUGAAACCCCGUUAACCGAAGCGUUGCUUGUGAAAUCGUCCGGAUUAAGGGAGUCACGGGUAUGGAGUUAUAUCCAAGUUCCUAUUUGUGCGUUCCGCUGGCCGAAACCGUCCGGAAUAUGGGUUUCCGGAAUAACGAGGUUUCACUGAAUUUGGGUGACACGAAUUGUGUGCCGUUUUCUAGCAUGGAGACACACAUGUAUUAUGAUCUCGUCCUGCAGAGGAGGUGACUAGAGGUGUUGAAAGUGAUAUUUUACGAGUAUAUAUAAACUAUAUUAUUUAUUUUUAGUAAAUGCGUGAUGAAUAGCGCGCAUCCAAUUCAAACGUAUAUGUUACUUAGACCACCCGGUUAAAAGUUUUUGGAUAAUCCUUCUUUGUCCCGGGUAUGAUGAAGGGAUUACAAGAGGACGAAUAGUUACGAUAGUCCGGUAUUAUUCUUAUGAUAAUACUGCUUGAUUAGCUCCUCAAACUUGUGAUUACAGUAUCCAGGGUAUGAAACUCCCCAAAAUUUCAGCCAGACCACAGGACUGGCUAGUUGAAAUACUUGCCAGCCCUGACCAAAACCUGCCUGCCCACUAUAAUCAUAUGUUUCUCAGGAUAAGCUAACGGGGUUUCUUUUUGGUUACAUUUUAUCAUUCAUCUUUACAUGUGAAUUAAUGCUUAUCAUUGGGAAAUAUUUAGAAUAUUUUCACAUAUGAAAUAUAACCUGACCGUCGGGCAGGGGGAUUUGAAAAUCUGGCAGCCCGAGUUGAAAUCAACCCGUCUCGGACGGUCGGGCGAAGCGCCAUGCAGUAAAUGUCUUGAAAUGGGAUUUUCCUCACAGGUUAACACAAACACAUUGUUUGCUUUGCUGAUGUCUGAAAAAAAAGCAGUGACUUACAAAAAGCACAAAUCUUCCACACGCCAAUCCCCGAAUGGGAAUUGUCGAUCCCAUAGAAGCUGUACCAAGUUAAAACGAGGAGGAACAAGUGCUUAAGGCGCCUAAUACUUCGUCGACGUUAAUACCCUACUUCUAGCCUAGGGUAUAACAAGGUAUGAACUAAAAUACUGAUUACUCAGGACUUAAACGAGAAAAACACCAUUAAAAUCAGAUCUUUUGCUCCGAUGCCUCUCUGCGUGAAGAUCUGAGGACGGUACGACUGAACGAAGCAAUCCGAAAAGCAUAAUUGAUUUCCGUAUCUCGAAAACGAAGAUAAUCGAUGAGUUCCGAAUGCAAAAGACAUGUUACGUUAAUUGUUGUUGAUAUUUUAUACACCAUGUCGUUUUUGAGAGCGAUUAUAUCUACACCAACAAGGGUAUACUAUGGAGGGGUUUUUUUUGUUCUGUGGUCGUUUUCUUCCAAAUUUCGAAAUUUCGGGACCACACGGUAACGAAAUGAAGCCGAACUGUUUCAGAAAGCUGACAUUUUGAUUGGCUCAAGAACCCAUGCAUCCUUUUUUUUGAUUGAACGGUUGAAGCUCUCGCAUGGUCACCUGACUCGACCUUACAGGGUGGUGUCCAUUCGUGACCAACUCGUGUUAUUCCGGGACAAGCCGAAUAGCUUCUUGCAGGUGACGGAAAGGGGCGAGUGGUGACGAAUGGGUGGUGUCCCCACUUCUUGACGCAGGGAAGUGUCCUGUCGGAGAGUAAAAUCUGAUUUCAAUAAGAUUGCAAGCGAGAAUGGAUUAUGGAGCUUUUUCUGUUCUAUUGUACCAUUUGUAUAGAAACAAUAAAACAUCGACUCCAACGUAUCAACCCGAUUUCAUUCUGAAGACGUGAUGAAUGUCAUCUACGAAAAUAUGAAACGUAGUUGAGAGCUCAAAAACCCUUCCAUAAACCAUCGAAACAUGUCUAUAGAGCAGUUGAGAUAAGGUGCAGUAUGGUAUCGGACUCGUUAGUGACAGAGUCUCUUAUAAACCGAUAAAGUUAUCUCUGUAUAUAAAACCAGCUUCAAGAGACACAGCAGACACAUCAAAAAGGUUCCUGAAAGCCGAGGUCAAGUGUAAAAGAGAGUUCCGCUUAAUCAAAGUAUGUUUUAUUUCAUGAUAAUUAUAACAAAUAAGACAUUUUCAUUUGUGACUUGCGUACUUGGUCAGAGUAGUUUUCGAUCCUCUGGGUUAAAUACGCUUGUUACUCCGACUGUUUCGAGACAGAGUGAGUCGGAGGGCAAGUGAACAUCUGAGGAAAAUACAGUCGUUUAAAGGCGUUGUAAUGUUAUUUUAUUUAUUUAUUUAUUUAUUUUUUUUUAUUUUUUUUUUUUUUGGGGGGGGGGGGGCAUUUCAUUAGAAAAAAUGGUAAAGGAGAGUGCACUGUUGGCUUGUGAAACAUGUAAUUAAUGGUCUAGAUUACUUCUUUGGGUAUCAAGUGUGGUCUUCCAAUAAUAAUCAUCAUUUGGACUUUAUUUUUACAGUUGUUUAGUUUUUUUAACGAUUCUGUUUUAUCAGGAAUUGUUACGGAACUCGGUCUUCGGUGCAGGGGACGAGGGGUUAUUAUUUUUAAAAAUUCUGGCCUCACAGAUAUCCAAAUGCAGACAUGAAUUCCGAUCCACCGAUAGGACAUUUUGAACAGUUUCUUUCACAGUACAAAACAAUCACCAGUUAAAUGUGAUUCGUUAGUAUUCAUAAAUUGUAAAAUUAGUAACUAAGGUAUGUGUGAAUCUUACCAGAUGUACUUAAUAACUAGUUUAUGAAUGAUUGACUUAGCCUUAAUAUUAUCACCAGAUAUGUCAAACGGUUUGCCAAUAAUGUACAGACAAAUUAAUGCUACAUGGAACCAGACUACACUUCCAGCCAACAGGUACCACUAGCAUGACCCAGUAAAAGGCCAUAGCGAACAAGCUACUUAUUUACAGUGAUCAGCUGUGCGGUAGGUGAGCUUUAACCGAUCUGGUUUGGGACUAGUUAAUGUGUCAGGUGUUGAGAUGAAAAUAAAAAUUAAAACGUUCACCAAAAUG